AUGGAAAAGAUCAGCGUUGUUGCGCAAGGGUUGUCCCUGACGUACAAUUUGUACGCACUUCUUGUGAUGGCUGACAAUAAAUUGGCAAACUCGAGAAACGACUUUUUCAAUGACACGGAGGACGGAGUCACCUUGGAACCCAGCUUUACCGCCGACUUCGUUCGCAGAGAAAUCGAAUUUAUCAAGAAAUUUCGGAGACAGGUGAAGACCGAAAUCAGAGAAGCUGAGCUUCAAGAGCAAAGAGAGAACCACAUCGGCGUCUUCGUUCAGGUUAAAGACGCAAUCGAGGAUCUCCACCGCGAAUUCAAACAAUAUUAUGUGGAAAUCAAAGGACACAGCCGGAGCCAGAGCGAGAGCAUUCACAGCAUCAAGGAGGAACUUCGCCGUGAUUUCAAGCAAUGCCUCACCGAAAUCAACAAACGGAUUACUAACCAGAGCGAAAACAUCAAUUGCAUGAGGGAAGAUCUACACCAGGAUAAGGGAAGAUCUACACCACCAGAUCAGGCAAUAUUAUAA